AUGAACGUUUCGAGCGCCCGCUUGAGCAUUACGCUGCAUGGGGUCUGCAUCGACGAUGGUCGUGCAAGCCAGGAGAGUGCGUUGUCCCGCUUGGACCGUAUCUGCGAGCUGCUAGAACCGCACUUAGCCGACAUGUUUCGGGCCAGCAAGUCGUUGACAUUGCAAGAAGCCGCGCAUGAAUGCUGCCGGAUUGUGGCCAACCUACCGCAGCCCAUUGAUGGUACACUCCAGCCGAAAAUGGUGAAGGCCAAGCUUGAUCUGCAAGCUCCAGAUGACAAUAAUGCAGCAACUUCUGCGACUUCUUCGCAUAAUGUUUCGCAAGGUGCGAGCAAAGAUGUUGUAUUUGUUGCUCUUGGAAGCAAUAUCGGAGACCGCUGUGGAGUACUCGAGAGCGCAUGCAAGAUGAUCGAUGCUUCCGCAGACAUGCAGAUCCUUAGGACCAGUCCUCUCUACGAAACCGAACCGAUGUACGUAGAGGAGCAAGAGUCGUUUUUGAACGGCGUGUGCAUGGUAAGUGACAAUGAAGAGCUUGGGUCGCUUAAUGUCUAACUCGCAACAGAUCAGCACGAGCUUGGCACCCAAUGAACUUCUGGACCGGCUUCAAGCUAUCGAGAAUGAUCUAGGACGAGUCAAGCUUGUAGAUAAAGGACCGCGUAACAUUGAUUUGGACAUUGUGGCAUACAAGGGAGAAGUCGUCAACACAGAACGUCUGAUCAUCCCCCACCGAUUGAUGACCGAGCGAGAGUUUGUUCUUCGUCCACUACGCGAGUAAGUAUAGUUUGAUGCGAGAAGUUGUCUGCGUACAUGCUAACCUAUGUCUAGUGUUGAUGAUGGUAGUUUCGAGCAUCCAGUGACGGGAAAGUCUGUUGAGCAGCUUUUGCGAGCAUAUGGGCGUCCCCCGGACUCGUUCACCCCUAUCGCACCCGGCUGCGAUGCUAUCCACGCUAACAAUCCUAAACGCCGCACACGAGUUAUGGCCAUCUUGAAUGUGACCCCAGACUCCUUCUCUGACGGUGGUGACAACCAACCUGCCGAUGUGGAAUCUCUCAAAGCCACCGCCCUGUCUCACAUCGCAGCGGGCGCUACUAUCAUCGACAUAGGCGGCCAGUCCUCACGCCCAAACGCGCCCGACAUCACGGCCGAAGAAGAACUGGCUCGGGUCCUACCAGCGAUCGAAGCAAUCAAGUCACUUCCGGAAGCAGCCAACAUUGCCAUAUCGAUCGAUACCUACCGCGCCAGCGUCGCGGAAGCAGCCAUCAACGCAGGGGCGCACAUCGUCAACGACAUCUCCGCAGGCUUAUUGGAUCCGGAGAUGUUUCCCACCGUUGCCAGACUGGGCUGCACUUACAUCAUGACGCACAUGCGUGGCACGCCCUCCACCAUGCAAGACGCGGAACAUACUACCUACACGUCGGGGCUCUUGCAUGGUAUAUAUACAGAACUGCAAGAUCGCAUUGAAGAGGCCCAGCAAGCUGGCAUUCGUCGCUGGCGAAUCAUUUUGGAUCCGGGCAUAGGAUUCAGCAAAACAACUGGGCAGAAUUUACAGAUUUUGCGUGCACUAAACAGUCUGAAGAAGAAGCAGAGCCGUGAUACCACUGGCUACCCGUGGUUAGUCGGAAGCAGCAGGAAGGGUUUCAUCGGCAAGGUGACCGGAGCGGAGGAUGCAAAGGAUCGAGUCUUCGGCACCGCGGCAACUGUGACGGCCGCGAUCCAAGGGGGAGCGGAUAUCGUGAGGGUACACGACGUCAAAGAGAUGGUGCAGGUGGCGAGAAUGGCGGAUGCCAUAUACAGACGACUUCCAGGCGAGGAAAGUUGGCCAGAAGAGCCCUCGGGUGACGGGAAUCAGCAAUAA